CCGGCCGAGAGUAAGGCAAUCCACUCAAACGUCUCGAAACCCCGGAAUCAACGUCAACAUGUCUGCUGCCGGCGGUACCUACCGCAGCACGCCCAAGAGCAGAACACAGGGCGCACCCAGCGAAGCGUCUACGUCUUACAGUGCAAGCAGAGCGAAGCAGUCGAAGCGAGAUGAAGCCAUCCGCAACAAGAUCUCCAAAGAUCUCGACAAGAAACGUGCCGGAGCCGGCAAGGCUCGACAAGGGCGGAAGGUGGCCCCUGGCACCGUCCUCGCCCUCCGACCGAAAGAAGCAUUGCAAAUCAAGCCAAACACCACCGUGACGGAAGCGGCCCAGUUGAUGGCUGCUAAGAGAGAGGACUGCGUACUUGUGACCGACGACGAUGACCGUAUCGCUGGUAUCUUUACCGCAAAAGAUCUUGCUUUCCGAGUGGUCGGGGCAGGUCUUAAGGCAAACAGCGUCACCAUCGCCGAGAUCAUGACCAAGAACCCGCUGUGCGCAAAGACGGACACCAGUGCGACAGAUGCACUCGACUUGAUGGUGAGGAAGGGCUUCCGACAUUUGCCCGUGAUGGAUGAGAAUCAUGACAUUUCUGGCAUCCUGGACAUUACAAAGUGUUUCUACGACGCGAUGGAGAAGUUGGAACGCGCGUACAGCUCGUCGAAGAAGCUGUACGAUGCUUUGGAGGGUGUCCAGGCUGAGCUUGGCUCGAGCCAGCCCCAGCAGAUCAUCCAAUACGUCGAGGCAGUCCGCCAGAGGAUGUCUGGUCCAACGCUCGAAUCCGUCCUCAACGGCUUGCCGCCAACGACCGUCUCGGUGCGGACGAGUGUCAAGGAAGCCGCUCAGCUGAUGAAGGAAAAUCAUACAACCGCAGUCUUGGUCCAGGAUCAAGGCCAGAUCACCGGUAUCUUCACGUCAAAGGACGUGGUUCUUCGUGUGAUUGCUGCUGGUCUUGACCCAGCCAACUGCAGCGUCAUCCGUGUCAUGACGCCGCAUCCCGAUUUUGCUCCACUGGAUAUGAGCAUCCAGCAGGCUCUGCGAAAGAUGCACGACGGCCACUACUUGAACCUUCCCGUCAUGAACAAAGGCAAUGACGAGAUUGUGGGAAUGGUAGAUGUGCUCAAAUUGACUUAUGCCACUCUUGACCAGAUCAACAGCAUGUCGACGGGCGACAGCGAGGGCCCCGCAUGGAAUAAAUUCUGGAUGUCCAUGGACCACGGCGACACCGAGUCCGCAUUGUCAGGCGAAGGCAGCCAUAUGCCGCAUACUCCAGACCAUCGUUCUGGCAUGAUCUCUCCCGACAUGCAACGACCGGGGACGGAGAGACUCGAUAGUGUCAUGCCUGGUGACUCCGCUUCCAUGCAUGGCCUGGAGCUGGAGGAAGCCUCAGCAUUUGUGGGCGCAUCGGAGGAGGUUCCAUUCACCUUCAAAUUCAAAUCGCCUGCUGGCCGAGUGCAUCGCCUCGCCGUCACGGCUUCCGCUGGCCUGGCUGAUUUUGUUGCGGUGGUGGCGGAGAAGCUCGGCAGCGAAGUCACUGGUCUGGGUGGUACUCCAACGGUCGAAGACGGCAAGAUGAGCCACACCGGCUUUGCCCUCAGCUAUCUGGACAAUGACGGCGAUACGGUCUCCAUCACCACCGACCACGAUUUGUUUGAAGCCAUCGUUCUGGCAAGACAAGCGCAUAAAGGAAAGGUCGACCUCUUCGUCCACGACCCGGAGAAGGCUAUUCUUCCCCCUGUCACGGAGGCCAAGCCGGUUAAUGUCCCGCCAACGCCUCCGGAGAGCCUGGUUAAGUCUCGCAAGCGACGCGAGGAGGAGGAAGAGGAGGAGGAAAUUCCUCCUACCAUCAUUCGCGGCACGCGCAAAUCCAUGCCAAAGGAGGAGCCGAAACAGCAAGACCAACUUGUCCCAGGCGUGCCGAAUGAGCUGCUUUUGCCGGGUGCGCUGGUUGCUUUGGGGGCUGUCAUUGUCAUUACUUUUGCUCUUGGGCGGUCUUCAAGCAGGUAGAGGGCAUUCCCUCGACUCCAUUUUCAAGGGAGCGGACUGCAGUGAUUUUAUGGGCGUGUUGGUGAUGCGGUAUUUCAUUUUGCACUAAUACCAGAUAACCAUGCAACUCAUUCUUAAGCGUUGUUCCUGCUG